UGUCAAAAAGUAUGUAAAUGAUGUCAUUGUGGUUCUUGCCUCAUUCGUACGCUUGUAUCGUUUAGUCAUAAAAUUUCGUUUGAUAAUUUAAUCGGUGGAAAACCAUAUUUGUCAAUUAGUCUAUUUGAAAAUACUAUUGAAACUGGCGUUACGUUUUUCGUUGUUAUUAAAACGAAGUUUUCCCGCAUUUGCUUUGAAAAAGUCAAUUUCAACGUCUGCAUCAAAAAUGGUUAAGGAAUACCACGUAAAAGGAUACGAAGAGUUCACCAAAUUGGCUGAAAGUCUUGAAAGCACUGGUGAAAAUGUGCACAUUCUCUUUAGCGGUGGCAAAGAUGAAACUGGAAACAGCUGGUGCCCAUAUUGUGUUAAAGCCGAUCCGGUCAUCAAAGAAGCACUCAAACAUGCAGCCGAAAACAGUCAUUUCAUUCACGUAGAAGUCGGCGACCGACCAUAUUGGAAAGAUUUGAACUGCCCGUUCCGUAAGGAUCCACGCACUCAUUUGGUCUUUUUACCAACUUUGCUCCGCUGGAAAUCGCCGCAACGAUUGGACGGGGAAAGAUGCUCUCAAGCUGAUCUUGUAGAAAUGCUUUUCACCGAUGAUGACUAGACUGGACAUAUCUCCACAGUGCGAUAACUUUGAAUAAAAACCAAAUAUUCUAGUUAUCAACAAAACUACUGUGUCACAAAUUGUGUCAAUCUAAUUUCGAUACGUUCGUGGAUUAUACUAAAACAAAAUUUCAACAUUUAACAUUUAUUUACUUUGCUUUUUGCACUUUUUGGACUAAAUAUCACAAAUUGUAGUUUCGUUCUAAUUACAGCAUAACUAACAUUCAAUGGCUUUAUAAACCGAGUGUUUUGUUUUAUAAAGUGCAACAGAUAGAUAAAUUUCUUGUGAAAAAAUAUAUAAAGAAUCUUCGAAAUA